CUUGUGGGGUUUGCUAUGAUGUCCAGUAGUGAGGAUGUUAUACAGAUUUAAUGAACUGCGAGGAAGCGUCGUUCCGUACGGAAGAGGAGUUUUUGCUAAAAGAAAAAUAGCAGUUUGUUAGCUGUUUACAGUGUGUCAUCGCCAACAGACUUUUUAAACUGUUUGUACGUUAAGAUGUGCAACGGCUGUGUGCAAAAAGAGUACCCUGACCGAGGGAAUACUUGUCUGGAGAAUGGCUCCUAUCUGAUGAACUACCUGGCCUGUGCCAGCUGCCACCAGAGGGACUUCGUGCUGAUCAGUAACAAAGCCACGGAGGAUGAUGAUGGAGAGGAGAUUGUCACAUAUGACCAUGUUUGUAAAAACUGUGACCAUGUCAUCGCCAGACACGAGUAUACUUUCUCCGUUGAUGACGAGUAUCAGGAGUACACUAUGCUGUGCAUGCUGUGCGGGAAGGCAGAGGACUCCAUCAGCGUGUUGCCAGAUGAUCCCAGACAGUCUGCUCCUCUCUUCUAGACCUCAAAAUACACCAAACCCUUUUUUAGAUCGACUAUCCUCAAGCUAAUGGACGUGCCGCUGGCUGCUUGCUUCUGGUCUCUAUCAUUUUUAUUGUCCAUUCAGAAUUUUAUGCACAUCUUCAAUUAAGUACAUAGUAUUUUAAAUAUUUGGCUGAUGAUGCACUGAUGUAUGCUGACAGCAGUUGAGCAGGAAAUAUAACUUUUUAUUAAAAAAAAAUCCCCUUCAUGACAAAAUAUAAACAUUCUGUAUGUCAUUUGACUGUUCUGUAAAUAAACAUCUUUGUAUAAUA